AUGACGGCUCCUCAACUAAGAAUUCCUUUGGCAAACAUAUCCAAUGAGCUCAAAAUAUUACAUUUCAACUCCUCUGCAAGCACGAACAAGUUUCCUUCCAACAAGCCCACUCCCAAUCCAUGGCAAUAUUAUGACAGUGUUCCUCGUUUCAGCCAAAACCAGGCUAAUGUUUGGUCAAGCUGUCCACAUGGCACUGUAAGUGGGGUCUCUGGGGUAAAUGGGGUCUAUGGCUCUGAAAAGAGUUUUGCUUUGUCGAAAAAGAGCACUCUAGCACAGACGGCGAGCAGAAUGGAACACAAGACAAGCACUGUUGGCGGUUACCCCUAUCCAUCACAACCAUACUAUGCAAUAUGGAACUAUUAUGGCUUUGAAACAUAUCCCCAGGGAUACUACUGGCCUACUCAGUCGUAUCCUGCUCCACGAAAGCAACCUAGUCUGAAUAUCCUUUCUGUUGUUCCAAAGCAAAUUGACCAAGCCCGUAGCGUUGUUCCAAAAUCACCUUCCAUAUCGUGUCUGUACUCCGAAUCGUCUCUUGUUGAGUUGAAUGAAGACAAUGUGCAGUCUGCAUUCCAGGAGUGUAUGGAGGUAUGCAACAAAGAAAAGAGCAUCACAGCAUUUGAAGAGCUCCUCAAAGAAGGAGCGAACCUCAAACGUGGUUGGCUCAAAAGUGUCUUCGUCAAAGGGGACAUUCCAGCCAAUAGGAUUGUGAAGCAGUACCUUUGGUCGAUUAUUCUCACCUUUGAUCAACAAGUUAGCAUCGGGCUGCGAGGAAAGCUUGCGCAUGCAUGGGGGACCACCUUGGAGACCAUUCGAAAUUGGAGAAAUCGAAUGAAGGUGGCAACCAACUUUCUACCUACCGUUGCGAAGCACCAAAUUGACUUUCGAGGGCGCAAGAAUAAUCCACUCUUGAUGUACAAUAGUGCUAUUGAGAUACAAAAGGUUCAAGAAAUGAUUGCACAGCUGGGAACGAAAGGAAAGCAGCUGGAAGACAGGAUCGAUCUCGAAACGACUCUGCGACUAAACGAAAAGAAACUGAUCGUACAAGAAAAGUGCAUCGAUGUCCUUCAACGAAGAGAGAGGUCACUCGAGAAAGAGAACAAGAAGCUUUCAAACAGCCUCCAGCACUGGAAGAGCUGCUAUUCCAUGCUAGAACAAGAUAACGAAAGCCUCAAUGCGCUUGUCUCAAUGUCCAGUGUGGAAAACAUUGCUGGAGUUUGA